CUUUCACUCAGUCUGCCAACUGAGCUAUGGAUAAGGGUGGCAUUGACGGGUAUUUGUUACGUCUGUUUCUCUUCAAAUCCUUCCCAUAAACCCCAUAACAGCACUAAACGUCUCUUCUCUACCGUCCAUUACAACGCCCCCUACUACUUAUAUUCCUCCUCCCCUCGGUCCCAACUCCUCCUACAUUCCCUCAACGACAGCAGCUACCACAACGAUGGCCCGAUUGCCUUACGCCCACGUCGACAACAGCUUGCGGGCCCUCGCCGGGCAGGCUGAAGGCUUCGGCCGCUCCGCCAUCGGAGGCCUUCAUGGAUCCAUCUACCACGUCACCUCUUUAGCUGAAAGCGGUUUGAAGGCACAGACACUGGGCUGCCACCAGAGGCCAGAUGCUCAUGUGCAUGCAUUCCAUGUACUAGAUGAUGGAAAUGGAUCACUUCGUGCUGGGUGUCGUAUACAAGAACCACUUUGGAUAGUUUUUGAAGUGUCUGGCACCAUUCAUCUCAAUUCCUACUUAAAUGUAUCAUCUUAUAAGACAAUCGAUGGCCGUGGCCAGAGGAUAAAACUGAUGGGCAACGGUUUACGGCUGAAGGAAUGUGAACAUGUCAUUGUAUGCAACCUGGAAUUUGAAGGUGGUAGAGGACAUGAUGUUGAUGGCAUUCAAAUAAGGACCAAGUCAAGGCACAUAUGGAUAGACCGUUGCAGCCUGUGUGGUUACGAUGAUGGACUGAUUGAUAUUACACGAGAAAGCACAGACAUUACUGUUUCAAGAUGUCACUUUGCACAGCAUGAUAAAACGAUGCUUAUUGGAGCAGAUCCUACACACACUGGAGACAGAUGCAUGAGGGUGACGAUUCAUCAUUGUUUUUUUGACGGGACUAUGCAGCGGCAUCCUCGUGUUAGAUUUGCAAAAGUUCUUUUAUACAACAAUUACACAAGGAAUUGGGGUAUAUAUGCUGUGUGUGCCAGCGUAGAAUCUCAGAUUCUUUCUCAGUGUAAUAUAUAUGAAGCUGGGAAGAAGAAGGAGGUAUUUAGAUAUACGACAGAGAAGGCAGCUGAUUGUGAAGAGGCUGCAUCUGGGUGGGUAAGGUCUGAAGGUGAUCUGUUCCUAAACGGUUCUCAACCUUGUUUAGUCACCGGGCCUGGCGUGGAUUCUGUGUUUAAGGCAAGCGAAUGCUGCUCGACAUUGACUAUGGAAGCUCCGUCGGUGGGUCUGAAAGAGGUUCUCCAAAUUUGUACAGGAUGGCAGGCGAUACCGAGGCCACCGGAGAUUGCUUCAACAGCGUAAGAGGCUCCUGUCAUUUGGGUAUAUACGCUUGAGUCUGAUCUACUGCCUAUUCUAGUGGCUAAAUUAAUAAGAGUGCUGUGUUAUCCUCAACCAUCGGAUCAGAAUCCGACCAUGAUCGGUUUUUGGGGUCCAAGGAGCAGGUUCUGUACUUGAGCAGCCGCUGGGCUCCACUGCCUGAUCACUAUCAUAUCGGUGUAUUCUUUAUACACUAAUACUAGUAAUCUAUUAUUUCUUAUACGUUGAAUACUACUGAUAAACAUGGUUGCAGAAACUUACAGUUAUGGUUAAAACCCGUUAUAUAUGGAAAUAUAUGUUUUUUAUUUUUUU